ACCCUGGUUCUUUUUUGGCGAUUAGGCUUUUACAUGCGUGGACGCUCUUGACGUUAUCCAGUUAGCGAGCACAUACGUGCUAUGAUAGACCCGCACAGGCUUGCAUGGGACAAUCAAUCUUUCACUCUAGGCGCAUACAUUAUUGCGAGACCACAUUCGCGGUCCAAGGGCGGGUCCUGCGGAGGUUACCACACUGAAAUGAACUGGACUCCUGAGAAUGGAUACUCUUGUAUAACUCCAAGGCUAAUCAGUGACCUGCACACGGUGACUGUCCUGGUGGAUAAGAAAAUAUCGGAAGCAACCUGGAUGGGUAGUCCGGUCACAACAUGGCCGUUGUUAGCUAAACAGCGGAGAACAGAGAUACAGAUGAGUUAUCCCUCAACAGGGAACCUAUGUACAAACAGGCAUAUCGAGAAGAGAUGCAAACGUUCCAUGGGGAGAUACCAUUGGAGCAUGGAUCAAGGUAUACAGUCAACGCAAAAUACCCAACGCCAUGACUUGCGCUACUCGAACACGAGCCGAAAUGCCAUCAUCAAUCAUGAGCAACGACCCAUCGCAGCAAGACCCUCAACCGCGACGGGGUUCAUACCCUUUAAUCCCUUUCUUGCCUUAUAUCGCAUUCUCCUCCAGCCAGAAAUCCCCAGCCUCACAUAGUAGUGUACUCGCCCAACCCAGGCAAAUCACACAUAGAUGCCCACCCAACAAGGGAUCCAACCAAAUCCAUUCGUAAGCCGACCGGCGACUCCGACGCAGGAAAAGCGAUGCGAUCGGUAGUUAAGAUGUAUCAGUAGCAGUGAUAAAUUUACCGCUUGCGCUCGAAGUAGCUCGUGGAACCCAACACAGCCACAGACUGAUCCAUCACCCACUCGCCAACACCCAGGUAGUUAUCGAUCCACUUCUUGAAGUCCUUGUUAUCGGUGAUUUUGUCGGAGUUGAGACUGGGGCUGUGAAAGACCCCACGCGAUGCCCCCAAAGUUUGGGGGAUGUGCGCGGGGUUAAUC